GCCAACCUCAAGCUCCUUUUCCCCUGACAGUCGUGGCUGUGGGCUCUGCGCCGGUGGUGCUGGGCGCCAUGGGCUUCACUGGAGCAGGAAUCGCAGCCUCCUCCAUAGCGGCCAAGAUGAUGUCAGCGGCUGCCGUCGCCAACGGGGGUGGGGUUGCCGCCGGCAGCCUGGUGGCUACUCUGCAGUCUGUGGGGGCAGCGGGCCUCUCCGCGUCAUCCAACGCCCUCCUCGGCUUGUGUGGAACAUCUUUUGGAGCCUGGCUGGGAUCAAAAAUAAAGAAACCCCCUUCGUCUCCUCCACCUGGACCCAGUCCUGAAGCAGAGAGGGGCCCCCAUGUUGGAGGUGACUCUCCAGGGCCUCAGGAUGAGAGUCCCCAAAAUGACAAGCCUCCUGCCUCCCAAAAUUGUUCAGAGAAGGAUGAGAAAUAAAGAUGAUAUACUGUGAGCUUCCCCUAGUGGCUGCACUGCGUUCUAGCGGGUGGGCAGGGGGGGGGAGCAGGAACUCCAAAGGAAGGAGCAGGGGGUGUCCUCCGUGACUGGAGCAAGGUCUGUUCCCAGUCCUGUCACCCACUCGGGACCCUGAGAAGGUCAUGUCUCUUUUUGAGCCUCAGUUUGCUGCUCUUCAGAUGGGGAGUUGGACCAAGUGUCUUCAAAGAUCUGAGUCAGGGCCAGAGUAACGUGAUGUACUGGGUUGUUGGAAAAGUCAUGACGCAUGUUUGCAACAGAUGGCGCUAGUUCAUUUUUGGAAGUACUAGAGUC